CGGAGAAGCCCAAGCAACGGGCCCUUUCCGUACAUUAUCGAGGGGGUUAACUGUAUUUCAUACAACCUUUCUUUCUACUCACCACCUUAUUCAUUCAACCUAUCCUUCUUUUGACUUCCCCUUCUUCCUUUUGCCUUGGAAGCUCUCGAUUUUUUAAAAUGGCGAUUCAGACAACAGCCCGUCUAUUCACUAAGCGGGCAGCCUUCCCCUCAUCCCGUCAGUGGCAACGGUCGUUCAGUUCCGCACGUCCGGCAUUCAAGGAGAUUCAGGAUGCUUAUAUCCUCAGUGCUGCGCGGACCCCUACAGCCAAGUUUAACGGAUCUUUUGUCUCAGUGUCUGCCCCCGAACUGGGUGCUGUUGCCAUCAAAAAUGCCGUGAGCAAGUCCAAUGUUCCUGCCGAGAGAAUCACCGAUGUCUACAUGGGCAAUGUGCUCCAAGGGUCGGUCGGUCAGGCUCCCGCACGACAAGCCUCUAUUUUUGCCGGUCUGUCUCCGACCGUUGAAUCCAUGACGGUUAACAAAGUGUGUGCAUCGGGUCUCAAAGCGGUGGCACUUGCGGCACAAAAUAUCCAGUUGGGUCUUGCAGAGGCCCAGGUGGCUGGAGGAAUGGAGAACAUGUCUCGUGUCCCCUAUUAUAUGUCCCGGUCAAGCCAGUUGCCUCCGUUUGGUGAAAUCAAACUGGAAGACGGCCUCAUUAAAGAUGGAUUGUGGGAUGUUUACAACAAGUUCCACAUGGGAAUCUGCGCAGAGCAGACGGCAAAGAAGUACGAGAUCUCACGAGAGGAUCAGGACGAGUAUGCCAUUCAAUCGUAUCAACGAGCACAGCAAGCCUGGGGCGAGAAUAAAUUCGCCGACGAGAUAGUCCCUGUCACAGUCAAGGGAAAGAAGGGGGACACAGUUGUUGAGCGCGAUGAAGGUUUCGAAAACCUGCGAGCUGACAAGUUGAAAACAUUGAAGCCUGCCUUCUUGAGAGAUGGUAGUGGCACCGUGACCGCUGGAAAUGCGUCCACAAUGAAUGACGGGGCAUCCGCACUGGUACUUACUAGCAAGGAAUUGGCUCGUGAGUUUGGCAAGGGCAACCGUGCAUUGGCACGCAUCGUUUCUUCUGCAGAUGCAGCCAUCGACCCUGUUGAUUUCCCUGUCGCACCAGCCAAGGCGGUUCCCAUUGCCCUGGAACGCGCUGGAAUCACAAAGGACCAGGUCUCUGUUUGGGAAUUCAACGAGGCUUUUGCUGCUGUCAUUAAAGCCAACGAAAAGAUCCUCGGUCUUCAAAAUGCCCGAGUUAAUCCUCUGGGAGGAGCCAUUUCCCUUGGACACGCUCUUGGAAGCUCUGGUUCCCGUAUUCUUGUUACUCUUCUCCACCAGCUGCAGCCUGGAGAGUACGGUGUAGCUGCUAUCUGCAAUGGUGGUGGUGCCGCCAGUGCAAUGGUUGUCCAGAAAUUGGACCAGGUCGAUUGAAUUUCGAGCUGAUUUUCCUUCGUGGUUCUAUAUUAUGCCGACGAAUACUAUAUAUCUUUUUCAACUUUAAAACCGAUAUCGCGAUGAUUUAUACCCUCACAUGAACAAGUGGUUGCGUUUCAUAGCAUGCUUGUAUAUUUAGGUCAACUUAAUCCAUGAACAUUUGAUUAUGUCUUGAGUCAUACAUGUAUUUCACCAUACUCAUUAGUAGCUAUUCAACCAUUUUCAGUCUGAACAGAAGCAAAAUAAAUGAAUAUAGAACAGAACAAAAUUAUC